CUGUGAACAAUGGAAUCUGCCCUGACCCGACCACAACCCGUAAUUAUUGCCUCUAACCAAAUUUCUCCCUCUCUUUUGGUCUCUCGCACGUGCUACGAUUGCCGGCGAGUUUUCCCACCUCCACCCCAACCCUCGCACGUACGUCCAAAACCUCUGCGGUCUCUCUUCCCUCCUUUAAGUAAAGUCCCUUCUUUCAUUCUUCCUCGAUAGCCUCAUUUUUUUUUCUUUCUGAAGACAAGACUUUAUCGCUUAGCGGAACUUUUGACCGUUUGACCAUGUCGUUGAUUAAAACUGUUAAAGUCAGAAAUGUUUCUUUAGGAGCAACUCAGCGAGACAUUAAAGAGUUCUUUUCCUUUUCUGGUGAUAUUGAAUAUGUUGAAAUGCAGAGCGAUAAUGAGCGGUCUCAAGUUGCCUAUGUUACCUUCAAGGAUUCACAAGGAGCAGAGACUGCUGUUCUUCUUACGGGAGCAACAAUAGUUGAUAUGUCGGUCAGCAUUACUUUAGCUCCAGACUACAAGCUGCCUCCUGCUGCUUUUGCACCACCCCCUGCAAUACAAAAUAAAACUCCUGGUGGCGGUGAUUCUGCUAUUCGGAAGGCAGAGGAUGUUGUUAGUGGCAUGCUUGCUAAGGGAUUUAUCUUAGGCAAAGAUGCAGUCAACAAGGCAAAAACCUUUGAUGAGAAGCACCAGUUAACAUCAACAGCCUCAGCCAAGGUAGCAUCUUUUGACAAGAAAAUUGGGUUCACCGAGAAGAUAAGUGCUGGUACUACUGUUGUUAGUGACAAAGUACGAGAAGUGGAUCAGAAAUUUCAGGUUUCAGAGAAAACCAAAUCAGCAUUUGCUGCUGCUGAGCAAAAGGUCAGCAGUGCAGGAUCUGCCAUAAUGAAGAACAGGUAUGUAUUCACCGGAGCUUCAUGGGUAACAGGUGCUUUCAAUAAGGUUGCAAAAGCAGCAGGAGAAGUUGGCCAGAAGACAAAAGAAAAAGUGGGAGAGGCUGAAGAGGAACGGAAAAGAAAAGUGGUUGAUGAUUUUGCGCAGAUUCAUCUAUCUGAGUCCCCUAAAGCUUCUGCACCAGGUGAACAACGACUUUCAAAGCCUGCACCCGUGCAAGGAUUGAUCCUUUGAUAUGCUGCUUCUGUAAAUAGUUAUGGAUCUUUGGAAUUGAAUUGUCAUCUCUUAAUUACUUGCUUCGUUUUUCCAGUGUGGAAAUGGUGAAAUGUAGGACAAACCUAUCCCAUAGCAUUUCAUAUAAUGAACUUUCUUUGUCAGGAUGCUGAAUGAAUUGAACAGUUACAUUGUUGUUGGUGGUUCCUCGUAGUUUUUAGCCUUAUUCGGCUUUCUAUUGGUAA